AUGCCUCUUGCGUCAGACGUCGCUGGACCAGACUUCAGCCCUUCGGUUCGCCUAGGAUAUCCGAGGUCAAUAUCGAAAUCAUCCAUGGGCUCGUCCCAUAGCAGCGUCCAUCGUUCAUCGGGCCGUUCUGCCACGUCUUCCACGGCUAGCUGGUCCUCUGCAUCCCCGAGUUCAUCAAAGGAGAAUCUCUCAGUCGAUUAUGUUGUUGAAGGUGUUCCCCAUGUUGCAGGCCACCUAGAUCCGAGGCAGUACAAAACCCCGCGUUUUGUCGAACAGCUGCUGGAGAUCACACAUGCGCUCUCGAUCCCUGCGUGGACCAGAGAUGUUAUGCCCGCAUCCUCAAUGCGCAUUCAGAAGGUGUCGGGGGCUCUGACGAAUGCAGUCUUUUUCGUAUCCUCCCUCACUACACCCGCUCGUACUCUCCUCCUUCGCGUCUAUGGUCCAUCCUCCAGUGCCCUCAUCGCACGUCCUCGAGAACUCCACAUACUGCAUGUCCUAUCCUCCACGUAUCACAUGGGUCCACGUGUGUACGGCACAUUCGAUAAUGGUCGUAUCGAAGAAUACUUCGACUCAGAAACGCUGACUGGCUCGGCCAUACGCGACCCGUUAACAAGCUCGUAUAUCGGCGCCCGCAUGGCUGAAUUGCAUGGUGCCGAUGUCGAUGCACUCGAGCCCGAACCUCUUCUCCGCGGGCUCCCACGAAUCGCAGUAGAGACGAACGUGCGUUCAUGGCUUGUACCCGCACGCAGCGUUCUCGAGCUUCCCGCCGUCCCAGAAUCAGUUCGCGCCGAGUUCGACCUUGAUGCAUUUCAACGCCGCUGGGAACAUUACUUAGGCUGGCUGAAGUCCACCGCGGCCAGUGGCGCACUCGACAACGUUUUCUGCCAUAAUGACGCCCAGUACGGCAACCUGCUCCGGUUGAAGAAAAUGAAGUCCGGAAGGCCAGAGCAUCACCAGAUCAUCGUCGUCGAUUUUGAGUACGCGGCACCCAACCCUGGCGCCUAUGAUAUCGCGAACCACUUCCACGAGUGGACGGCGAACUACCACGGCGCCACCCCUCAUCUUCUUGACAUCGAGCGAUACCCCAGCCCUGGCGAACAAGACAACUUCCUCACGGCGUACUUGUCUUAUCGAAAUGUCCCUCUCCCGUCGGGACGCAUGGUUCCCUACGACGCACUCUCGAAGUCGGACCAGCUCGACGAGCUCGCCACGCUGCGGCGUCAAGUACGUCUUUGGAGCCCCGCGUCCCACGCGAUGUGGACCAUAUGGGGUCUCGUGCAGGCGCGCGACGACGUCGAGCGCCGGACUGUGAACCCGGAAUUCGACUACAUUGCAUACGCGCGCGGCCGCUUGCAGCGUUUCCACGCAGAGCUGGAUGAACUUUCCCUUGGACUCUGA